GCGCAGCCGCAAAGAAGCGGGGCGGGAAUGCGCAGGCGCAGAGAGCUCGGCGGGGCGCGGACCUCCCUCAUCUGGCGCCGCUUCGCGCCCGGCCUGAGGCAGCCGGGCGGGCUGGUCAGGAGCCCGCGCCAUCCCCGUGGCGGCUGAGGCCGGCUCUGCUGCGCCGGUCUCGGGGCGUCAGCCCGCCCCCUGAGCCGCCGCCAUCAUGCUGCUGCCCGUGUUCACCCUGAAACUGCGCCACAAAAUCAACCCCCGUAUGGUGGCCGUAGGGCGCUACGAUGGGAUUCAUCCGUGCCUGGCAGCCGCCACGCAAGCGGGCAAGGUUUUUAUUCACAAUCCUCAUAAACGGACCCAGCCUGUUAGUGCCUCCAGAGUCUGGCAGAGCCCCCUGGAGUCCGAUGUUUCGCUUCUCAACAUCAACCAGGCAGUCAGCUGCCUGACGGCCGGAGUGCUGAACCCCGAACUUGGCUACGACACGCUGUUAGUGGGGACGCAGACUAAUCUUUUGGCCUAUGAUGUCUACAACAAUUCAGAUUUGUUCUACAGAGAGGUAGCAGAUGGGGCAAAUGCAAUUGUGCUGGGGACAUUGGGAGAUAUUUCCUCACCUCUUGCAAUUAUUGGUGGAAAUUGUGCACUGCAGGGCUUUGACUAUAAGGGAAAUGAUCUCUUCUGGACGGUUACUGGAGAUAAUGUUCAGUCCUUGGCCUUGUGUGACUUUGAUGGUGAUGGGAAGAAAGAGCUUCUUGUUGGCUCUGAGGAUUUUGACAUCCGAGUUUUUAAAGAAGAUGAGAUUGUGGCAGAAAUGACAGAAAUAGAGAAAAUCACCUCCCUGUGCCCCAUGUAUGGCAGUCGAUUUGGUUAUGCCCUUUCCAAUGGCACAGUUGGAGUUUAUGACAAAACAUCCCGAUACUGGAGAAUCAAAUCCAAAAAUCAUGCGGUGAGCAUUCAUGCCUUUGACCUUAAUUCUGAUGGAGUAUGUGAACUGAUAACGGGUUGGUCCAAUGGAAAGGUCGAUGCUCGAAGUGACCGAACAGGGGAAGUCAUCUUUAAAGACAACUUUCCUUCUGCGGUUGCUGCGGUGGUGGAGGGAGAUUACCGCAUGGAUGGCCGCACGCAGCUGAUCUGCUGCUCCGUGGAUGGGGAGAUCCGGGGCUACCUGCCAGGCACGGCUGAAAUGAGAGGGAAUCUCAUGGACACCAGCGUCGAGCAGGACCUGAUCCGAGAGCUGAGCCAGAAAAAACAGAAUCUGUUGCUGGAGCUCCGGAACUAUGAGGAAAAUGCCAAGGCUGACUCGAGCAGUCCACUGAGUGAGGCUGAUGGGCACCGCGGCAUCAUCCCAGCCAAUACCAAACUCCACACCGCCCUCUCCGUCAAUCUGGGCAGUGAGGUCCAGGCUGCCCAUACAGAAUUGUGCAUCUCCACGUCUAACGACACCAUCAUCCGAGCAGUACUGAUAUUUGCAGAGGGAAUUUUUCUGGGUGAAAGCCACGUGGUACACCCCAGCAUUCACAACCUCUCCAGCUCAAUCCGCAUCCCAGUCUCACCCCCCAAGGACGUCCCUGUGGACCUGCACUUGAAGGUCUUCGUGGGCUACAGAAGCAGCACCCAGUUCCACGUAUUUGAGUUGACGAGACAGCUGCCCAGAUUCUCCACGUACGCACUGACCAGCCCAGACGCGGCCAGCGAACCGCUCAGUUACGUGAACUUUGUUAUUGCAGAACGUGCCCAGAGGGUUGUUAUGUGGCUCAGCCAGAACUUUCUGUUACCAGAAGACAUUAACAUUCAGAAUGCUCCAUUUCAAGUGUGUUUCACAUCCUUACGGAACGGUGGCCAGCUCUAUAUAAAAAUAAGACUUAAUGGAGAGAUCACCAUCAAUACUGAUGAUAUUGAUCUGGCUGGUGAUGUCAUCCAGUCGAUGGCGUCAUACUUUGCUAUUGAAGACCUUCAGGUAGAAGCUAAUUUCCCCAUCUACUUUGAGGAAUUACGAAAGGUGCUUGUUAAGGUGGAUGAGUAUCACUCAGUGCAUCAGAAGCUCAGUGCUGACAUGGCUGACAACUCUAAUUUGAUCCGAAGUUUGCUGGUCCGAGCUGAAGAUGCUCGUCUGAUGAGGGACAUGAAAACAAUGAAGCGUCGCUAUAUGGAACUCUACGAUGUUAAUAAAGACUUGCUCAAUGAAUAUAAAAUUCGCUGUAAUAAUCACACAGAACUGUUGGGAAACCUCAAAGCAGUAAACCAGGCCAUUCAGAGAGCAGGUCGUCUGCGCGUUGGGAAGCCAAAGAACCAAGUGAUCACUGCCUGUCGGGAUGCGAUCCGAAGCAACAACAUCAACACGCUGUUUAGAAUCAUGCGGGUGGGGACGGCAUCCUCAUAGUGCGGAAGCAGAGGUAAUGCGCUCCCUCAGAAAUGGUUUUUCAGAAGAAUCUGCUCUGGAGCACGCCCUGGUAUACCUGGUGUUCUGAGGGUGACACGGCCUUUCUGAGCUGUGCAGCUGAAUGACGAAGCACUGCAUCCGGCAGGGUGUCCUGUGUUACUUUGACAUCACUGGUUCCACUGCUGGCCAGCACUGGCUUGUACGGAGGCGGGGGAACAGUUCUGACACCUUGGUCAUCAGAGUCCACCGUUCUGUGUGUACAUAGCGCGUAUGGUAAAUCCGCUUUUCUUGCCAUUAUAACUGAAUUUGUAAUCUUGAAAUAAAUGAUCUACCUUUUCACUAAAAUGUAAAGGUGUUAUAUACUUUGUGUGGACUGAUGUUGAAAUCACAAUGUCAGAACUGAAUAAAUCAUUUGUAUUACGUGGAGAAAAACAAAAAUAUGGAUUAUUUGAGUGUUCACUGAGAAGUAGGUGUAAACAGAACAUGUGUUAAGGAAGAGUCAGUUUAGAGUGAUUUAUUAGUUGGACUAGUGCAGACAGGUGGACCUCAAAAUUCACAGCACACUUCUUUUUCAUGUAAGGAUGUAAGGAUUUCCCUAUAAUUAUUCAGGGGCCUGGUUCCUUGACUCA